CGUCAAGUUAUGUAAACAUUGACAUAAGAGUUUGUUUUGUUAUAGCUAUCUGAUUAGCAACAGUAUUUUUCUGAAUGAGAACAUUGAAGUUUAUACAUGGAAUUCCUAUAAUGUUGAAUCCUACGCAUUUCAAAGUAAAUAUAAUAGGAAAAACUGUAGGCCAUUUGAGAACACAGCGAUGUAUAGGUUUAUAUGCUGCGCUAAUGCGAUCUCAUUAUGAUUCGCUUGGUCUGACCCCUAGUGCAACACAAAACGACAUUAAACAGGCUUACUACAAUCUCUCAAAACAGUAUCACCCGGAUCGAAACAAAGGUAGUGACACAGCAGCUGAAAAGUUCCACGCUAUUUCCGAAGCAUAUGAAGUUCUUGGUAAUUACCGCUUAAGAAAAUUAUACGAUAAAGGAAUACUGCAUACUGCUGGCAGGCAUUACGCCCAGCAACCUCCGAUGACUAAAGAACCGCAAGAGGAUGACGCUCAAACACGGUUUUACAAGAAACGCAUGACGCGAACGCACGUUCCGACAGCUUCGGGUAGAACUCCAAUCUACGAUUUCGAUGAGUGGUCCCGUAACCACUAUGGACAGAAUUUCGCUAGAAAGCAAGCCGCGCAAAAGAAAUCUAAAGAAAAAUUACACCGAGAAGAUAUUUUAGAUGCGCACGUAAUUCAAAGCUAUGUCGUAUACGCGGUUAUCACUAUCGCAGUUUUGUAUACGUUGAUAUUCCUUCACGAACGAACACACGAUUCACCAAAGGCUAUGGCCAAAACACCCGUGAAGGAUUAAUACCUAUUUAGUUGAUUAUUGGAAGGAAAAUAUGUACAUAGACGGUGCUAAUAGGCAGAAUAGAUAAAUUUUAGUUUACAUUAUGAAAUAUCUGUUUCAAUGAUUGAAUAAAGAAUCUGUAAUUUA